CUGUUUGUUCUGGUUACUUUAACGUUACGUCGGUCGAUAUCCUGUUCAAUUUUGCGUUCGGUGCUACGGAAUCUUGAUACAUGACUCCCCGCGCACAAUGCCAUCAUGUCUAUGUAUCCACCAAGCAAUAUUCAAUGGUCUGAAUGGGCCUGGGAUCCAACCUAUGGCCAGUACUACCGCCAGGCUACAGAUGCCAAUGGCGAGAUUCUAAUUCAAUGGCAAUCUGAAGUCGCUAAUGACCCUUCCACGCCUCGGGAAACUGACGAGGUCCCGGACGUAUCGGCGCUUACUCUCCAAGAUCCCCCAUCUCCGGACGACGGCGACCCAGCCAAUUAUACUACGGAAGCCUCGUCAAAACCCAAGUCCAAGUCCAAGUCCCACAAAUCAUCCAAAAAGGAGUCGAAGAGUUCAAAAUCCAAGUCCAAAUCAUCGCAUCGAAAGGGGAAGAGUCGUGCCCAAGAUGAUGAUGAUGAGGAAGAAGAAGGAGAGCCGGAUCCCGCCCAGGCCCCUCGCGUGUAUUUCGAUCAUCAGACAGGAGAAUACCUACCUUACCCAGAGAACGAUCAAGAUCCAGGACAAUAUGGUACUGGAGAUGGCGAUGAUGCAGAGCUCGAGGCCUAUCAUCAAAGCCGGAAAUACAGCAGAGACCAAUACUCUGCCGGUGGACCUGCAGAUUCUGCCUAUGGUGCCUAUGAACCCGCUGAGCCUGAAGAGACGCCAGCUCGCGCCGAAGAGCACAUCACAGGCACUGCGGGUGACUACGAGCUGCUAGACCCCCGGUAUACGGUUGUGCACUCGAGUUACUUCCAACCUGGCGAGGUUUUCAAGGUCCUGUGGCCUGAACCAGCGGGAUCAAGAAGCGCACCCAAUGUGUCGACUUACGCUGAGGGAUCAACCAAAGGCGCACCCAGUGUGGUGAUUUACCCUGAUCAAUAUGGCGGCCAGAUCUUUGCUCACUUCCGCCGCUUCAUCGUGAUCGCAAAUGAUUAUGGGCACUGCCAGUGCGUGCCCAUCUCAACGUACGGCAAAAAGGGCUGUACAAAGAGCGGCGCCAAGCCCUCGCAACACGGUAUUGUCCAUGACGUGAGGUCCAGGCCACAUCUUCUGUCACAUGAGCCUGAGCUUGGAUACAGACCAGUUCGACUCGAAAUCACGGAUCAGAGCGAGAAGAUUUCCAGGGAAUCCCGGGUCAACUACGCCAAGCUGACGACUGUCGAGCAUAAUGUCAAGGUGCUCUUCGUCGGCCGAGUGAUACCAGAGGACCUAUCAAUCGCCAAAGACGCGGUCGAUGACUGUUGGCGCAAGAAGACCCAUACCACCAGGAGGCAGCAUCGCAGGCAAUAA